UGGGGCGGAAGAGCGAUAGGGGUCUGACCGUGUGUCACGAAGGGCGCUAAGCUCCUCCUCCUCUUCCACCAACCGCGGGAAGCUCCGGGGACCUCACUUGUAGCCGAGCCCAGCCCCUUCCCUCCGCUCCCCGCCCUCUGCCUCCGGAGCCGUCACGCGGGUACCUUCUCCGCCCGCCGAGAUGGUGCUCGACCCCGCAGGGCAGCAUCUCAGACAUGUUGAAAAAGAUGUUUUGAUCCCUAAAAUAAUGAGAGAAAAGGCCAGAGAGAGGUGUUCUGAACAAGUUCAAGAUUUUACCAAAUGUUGUAAAGAUUCUGGAUUCCUUAUGGUAGUAAAGUGCCGGAAAGAAAAUUCUGCAUUGAAAGAAUGUCUAACUGCUUACUAUAAUAAUCCAGACUUUUAUGAAGAAUGCAAAAUGGAAUACCUGAAGGAAAGGGAAGAAUUCAGAAAAACUGGAAUUCCUACCAAGAAAAGGCUUCAGAAGCUUCCCACAAGCAUGUAGGCAAAUAUUCAAAUGAUGCUCACGAACUCUAACAUUAUUUAUGGAAGUCAUUUCAGGAAAUCACCUGAAAAAAUGGGCUCAUGAUAAGAAUGUGUUUGCUUUAUCUUAAUUAUGGAAAUAUUAAUUUUACCUGAAAUAAAGAUCUUUUUUUUUAUUUCAAAGUUCUUUAUCAGAAGGAAUAGAUAGUCAUACAUACUGAAAUGGGAUAUAAUUUUCCUGGUCAUUCUGGAUUUUUAAAGUUUUUCCAGAACUAUGGUUCUGUAACAGUGAUGAUAAUUCUUAAGAAUUCCAUAUGGAUCUUAUAUUACCUUCUUCCAGUGUUUAGGCAAAUGGCCAAUUAUGGGGACAAAAAAUAAAGAAAAGUAGGAAUGGACAAACUUCAAAGAUGUUAAUAAUAACUAGAACCAGAAUCCUUCCAGGCUCUACCAUUUAUUAGUUAUGCAACUGUGGAAGUAAAUCUCACAGUUAUUGUGAGGAUUUAUUGAGUAUUACAGGUAUGUGUACAGUAUAUAUAGGACAGUGUCUCAGACAUGGCAAAUGUUCUUUAAUUGGUAGUUGUUGUUAGUAGUGAAAGCUUAUUUGGAAACAUAGAUAGGGAGAUGAGUACUUAAAUGAAUUAAUUUUAAUUACAUCUUUGAUGGAAAAUGUUCUAAAAGGUAUUAUGUUCUUGACCUGUUAACUUGGCUACUGAAAAUCUUUCAUUUUAAAAAGUCAUUAUUGUAAGUAUGAAUUACCGUUUGUGUAACAUAGUAAUGGACUCAGGAGAUAGUAUGAAAAAUUUGUCCCAGUGCAAUUAUUUGGUCCCAGGUUGAGCUUCUGUAUUAAAACUUGUUCUUUUCUUCCCCAUGAACUGUUAACUCUUUAUCACUGCCACUGUAACCAAUUUCCAGUUAAGUAAACUUUAUGUAUAUUUUCACAGUCCUCAUUAAAAUCGCAAACAGAAAUUACAACCCAGUAAGACAAGAUUUAACGUUGGCCCCAAUCCCAUGAAAUAGAUCUGAGUUUUUUUUUUUUAAAUGACUUAGUAAAAUUAAGUCAAAUAAGACACUAAAGAAUCAAUGGAUGUUUAAGUUCCACACUUUACUCGAGUGAGCCACUCAAAGAACUAUUUUACUCUUAUUUGAAAUACAAAGAAACCACAUUUUCCCAGGCCACAGAUCAAAAGGAGGGAGAUUACUAGAACAGACAAAAGCAAAGCAAAUAAAGAAAUCCAGAGACCACACAGCAUAGGGGCAAACAAGCCUAUAUUCCUGUUGGCCUUUUGGUUUUCGUGCAUUUCCUAGAGCACAGGACCUUAAUUCUUGUUUUUAAUGAUGGUUCAAAUGAAGAAAGGCAAAACAGUUACUUUAAGAAGCUGGUGAAAUCAUCUGACCAUUAUAUAAUUUUGAUUAAAAUCAAAGCAGACUUCAAUUUUACGUGGAAAGUUCAGUUACAUAGAUGUCACUUUCCCCAUAGGUGCCAGGCAAAUUAAAUAGUAUAAAUAAUGGGUUUGUCCCUCUUUAUCAUGUCAAAAACUAAACCAUUAUAGCAUCCAGAACAUGUAUGCCUGUCCACACUCAGCUGCCUCAGUUGCGUCUUGCUUGCUCAUUGGUGCCUCUGCUUAUGUUAUUCCUUGUUCACAAGUGACAAUCCAUGGGUUGUUUUUUUUUAACCCCUCAAGAGUUACCUUCUCCAAGAAGCCUUUCUGGAUAAGAUUAUUACUUUGUUGUCACAUGAUUAAGUCUGAAUUUCCCCCCUAUCUAUUUUGGUUUCCUAAUGUUUCACAUAAGUAUGUCCCUGUUCUACUUAUGAAUUGUUCCAUUUUGGCAGCAACGCAAUUAAAAAAAUCUUCCUUUUAGAGAUGUAAAUUUUACUGAUAAGGGAUCAAGAGGAAAGAAUGUGUGUUGUUUUCUGUGUUCUCUUCAUUCUGUUCCGUUAUGGAUGUGCUGAAUUGGGUUAUCUUAUAAAAAUAAAUCUAAAGAUUAAAGAAAAUUUCAAAAGAAGCUAUUUGGAGCAAAUUUCAACUAGUAUGAGAGGUCAACCUAAAAUUUUCAAUUUUAAGAAAAUCAUAAGCCAUUCAUGGGCCACUCAUUUCUUUUUGAAUCUUACCUAGAUGAUCAUUAAGUGUACAUUAAAAAAUUUCUGGCUGGGGGGGCUGGAAGGUUCAGUUAGUUAGAGUGUGGUGUUUUAACACCAAGGUCAAGGGUUUGGAUCCCCAUACAGGGCAGCCAUCCAAAAAAAAGUUUCUGGCUAGGUUAAAAAUUUUUUUGGUUAUCUUUUGCUGUGGGUUAAACCUUCUCCCCAAAGGUUCAUGUAUUAGAAACCCAACCUCAAUUUUCAUAGUGUUAAGAGGGGGGGGGGAAAUCCCGUUAUGGUAAUUCAAAGAUGCAACCUUGAAGGAAGAGGUGAUUGUGAAGACUAUGCUCUUGUGAAUGGAUUGAUCCAAUCAUGGUGUAAUGAGUGUGGUUCUGAUGGCUUUAAAAGGAGAGCAAGUGAGGAGGUUAGCUCUCUUGCUCAGCCAUUUGCAAUAUAACUUGCAUUGCUAUGUAGUCACCACCAAGAACAAGGCCCUCACCAGAUGCGCCCCUGGACUUUGUACUUCCCAGCCUCUACACUUGAAUAAAUUCUACUUCUUUAUAAA